AGGGUUACCCCAAAAAUGAGACCAUAAAGACGACCUGAAACUAUUUAAAUCUGACGAUUCCAAAGAUGAAUUGAGUCUUCUUUAUCUGGCUUAUUCAAUGAUUACGGUGGCAUGGAAUCAGAAAUAUAGUGAAAUAUAAAUAUUCUCUACAGUCGUCUCUGCAAAGUCUCAUCCUUUACAUAUAUGUAACCCUGUUUAAAAUAUAUUUAUUCCGCUAAAAUAUAAAAUUUACAAUUCCGCACAGUUUAAUAAAAACCUUCAAGUGAUAAUAUCCGCUGAACAAAGACUUAACUAAUCUUGUAAACAUCUAAUUUAAGAAGAUAAAAUGGAUUUCAAGAUAAAACUAGUUUGUUUGUUUUUACUGAACUUAACUCUUGGCGAGGGUUCUGAAAUAUGGUUUGGACCUGACGACUUUGAGACAGAGGGAUUCGAUUUUACCGUUCUGCAGUUUCUAGAGGAAAUGAUUGUCAAUUCUCCAGACUGUGAAGAUCAAAAACUUAUCGUUAAACGAUAUGCUUAUCCUCUGCUUGAAGAUGGGGUUGUAGUUAAUUCAACUCUAGAUGUAGCAUCUCCGACCACUGUCAAACAAGUGAAUAAAGUCUACACUCUUCUUAGUCGAGGAGGAAAUCAAACUUAUUUAGGUAAUUAUCCAAAUGAAUACCUGGACCCUCCUUCCCUGCUUCCAUACAAUUUCCAGAGUAAAAAAUAUCCUUUGGGCGAUGGACAACCCCUGAUGAUAGAUCAAAGGUAUUUCCAAGAAAGUCUUAAAGGAGGAUUCUUCAUAGAGGCCGGAGCUUUUGAUGGAGAACUCGAAUCAACCACCCUAUAUUUCGAGCAAAAACAUGGCUGGAGUGGACUACUAGUCGAACCUUUACUUAAAGAAUACAAACAGCUCAGAGAAGUUAACCGGAAAGCGUGGAGUGUACACACUUGCCUUUCUCCAAUUGAGAAACCUAAAACUAUUAUUUUCACAGAUUUUAGUUCUGAUUUGACGGGAGCUGGAAUAUUAGAAGACAACAAUAGAGAAAAUAAAAUUGUAAAAGGAACUGAAAUGCAAUGUUUGCCCCUCACUUCCCUCAUCCUUGCGCUAGGAAACCCAAGGGUUGAUUACUUAAGCUUGGAUAUAGAAGGGGCAGAGUAUAAUGUGUUGAAGACGAUAGAUUGGUCUAGGGUAGAUAUCAGGGUGAUAUCAGUGGAGACUCAAUUUAUCUCUGAGUUUGGAUUGGAGAGUACUGAUCUUCAUAAUCUUCUUACUUCACAAGGAUAUAUACUGUUGGACCAUAUUUCUCGAGAUACAGUGUAUUUUCAAGCACCCAGCCCCCAUCUUCAACAUAUUAAACCCAACCUACCCUAUCUACCCUCUAGUUCAAGGAACCUUAAUAUCAAGGUAAUCUACCUCAUCUUCUACAUAUUAAAUCCAACUUACCCUAUCUACCCUCUAGUUCAAUGAACCUUAAUAUCAAGGCAAUCUACCUCAUCUUCAACAUAUUAAACCAACCUACCCUAUCUACCCUCUAGUUCAAGGAACCUUAAUAUCAAGGUAAUCUACCUCAUCUUCUACAUAUUAAAUCCAACCUACCCUAUCUACCCUCUAGUAAAGGAACCUUAAUAUCAAGGUAAUCUACCUCAUCUUCAACAUAUUAAAUCCAACCUACCCUAUCUACC